AUGGAAGAGGACAAAGGAAAUAAGCAGGAACCGAAUGCUUCUGCGACUGAGGUUUUUAUGGUGCCCGGAGAGCCUGCGGUUGUAAUCAACGGUGUGCCUGAAAUGGUUGGCGCGAGCAGCAUUGUCCCUUCCAGUGACGCGUUGAGCGUCUUUGAAAAGGACGGGAAUAUGGGUUUGGGUGAUUGGUUUGUAGGGAGGGAUAUCCAGAAGUUGUUUAUGGGAAGCUAUUACUCGGGUAAAGUAACCGAGUAUGACAAAGAAACUGGAUGGUAUCGGGUUAAAUAUGAAGACGGUGACACAGAGGAUCUUGAUUGGCUGGAAUUGAAGGAGGUUUUGCGUCCUAUGGAUGUUACCGUUUCGCUUAAGACCUUGGUGAACAAGGUUAUUCGGAAUCAUACACAAAUAUCAAAACAUAAAGCAAGGAAUUGA